AUGGCGUUGCAAAAGGACAUCGACGCAAUUUACAAAACAAACGAACCAAACAUUAAGGCCAGCUCUGAGGAAAAACGACAAGUAGCAUUUUCCCAACUCAGUGCUUUUUGCAAAACCCUAAAGACUCCUGAAGAAGCGAAUUUGUUUCUUCGAAAAACACACGAGGUCUACAAAAAGACGUGCACUGCCGUGUUCAUGAAAAUUGUUGUAGCCAAAGUACUUUCUGUUUUCCCUUCACAACGACUGACUAAAGAGAUUUCAUCAGAGUUCUUCGAGAAAUUCAGUUCGAUUCUCUUCACAGAAACAAAUGAAGACCUUCGUCAGUUGCUCUUUCUCUUCAUCGCAGAGCUCCUCAGAUUCCAAGACACUUUACCAAAGAAGAUAGUGAGUCUCUACUCUGACAUUUCUAAAACAAGAGACCCAUUCAAAUCAGUUCUGAUCGACUCUAUUCCAGCUAUUUUGAACUUCCCAGAUACUUCGAAGAUGUCACAACUCCCAUUGACAGGAUACUUCGCUUCAAAUGUCCAAAAUCUGAAGACACCAAAAUUAACACCAAAAACAACGAUUGUAGGGUUUAGAUACUUGUUUGCUUAUUACAGACAACCAGACGUCAAAAUGUGCGAAAUCAAUGAAAAGGAAUUGGACCACAGUUUUGCACAAGCGUUGGACGUGUACGUCAAUCCGGUUUUUCUGUCGACUAUGGACGAAGCAAAUAAGAAACAGCUGGCGCUUUUACUCUUCGAAACACUUCAUUUGAACUGCGUCGCAAACAUCGCAGAUAUCGAGAACAACUUGGAGAAGCUGAUUCCCGUUUUGUUCACACACAAGAACUUCAUGGCGUUUGUGAAGAAGACAAGUACCACAGCGGUGUCGUCGAUUUUGAUACAUCUGAUCUUCAAUUCCAUAGUGAAAGUGUUUGGAGGAGACCGAGGAAAGUUUGAGGAAUAUAUAACGGGCAAUGUGAUGGGGUUAAUGAAUGCGUUUGUGAGUGACAAAAUCGAUGAGUCUGAUAUUCCGAUGUUGUUUGUUAUAGGGUGUGCACUGCCAUUACGACGCCAUUUGUUCAAUAAAAUUGUAUUUAAGGUGGUGAACCCCGCAUCAAAGAAUUAUGAAAUUGUCAAGCAAUUUGUAUUAGCCAACUUCGAAAUGAUAUUUGAAGCAUUGACGAAAUGGACUGUGCAAUUUGUGAAGGAAGGAAAAAGAAACAGACUCUUUGAAACUGCGUUUGAACGAUUGAUGAAAUUUGCGGUAGUUUUUAGAGACGAGAAGGAGACGGGUGCAUAUCUUUAUGAGAAGAUGAAACAGUGCAUAGAAGUGGAAGAAGGUGAUGUGAAGACUGCAAUGGUAUCUAUAUUCGGUGACUUAUUAAAGAAAUUUAGCACCUUAUUUGUGACUGAAACGAGUAAAAUGGUUUCGUUCUGUAAAGAAAUGAAAGAGAAAGACUCUGAGAAUUCGAUUAAUCUGUUACGAUAUGUGAUGUACUGUUUAGAUGAGAAAUUAGAGGAUAAAAGAGAGUAUUUAGUCUAUACGUACUAUCUGUUGAUUGAUUAUGACUACACAUGCCAAGAAGAAGACAAAGAUUUGGUGCAAGAGAGAAUCAUUUACAACAACGUGAAGAAGAUACUGAGCUUCUUAUGUGAAGACGAUUUAGAGUCUCCACUAGACGAAGGGACAUUCACUGUUAUGAUGAGUCUGUUCAAGUGGACUGUGUACAAAGAAGACAGAACCACAGAAAUUGCUAAGCCACACAAUCAAAUGAUGAAAUUACUUCAAUACCACUGCGCUGUAAUGACCGACAAAUACCCAAUGAAGGAGGUUGUAGUGUUACUGAACAAGAUCUUGGAGACCAUCCCCGUCUUCACACAAAAGGCUUUGGCGUGUUUGGUCCAAUUGGCGAAGGUCUCUGAUGACAAGUCGAUUGAAAUAUACUUCAACCACUUGAUCGACGAAGACGAGAACUUGAGAAAAUACAACGCAAUUGCACUUGAGAAGUCAAAGGAAUUCUUAACAGGGAAGACUAUCACACAUGAGGAGUUGUGUAAAUUGUUGUUAGGCGCACAUGACCGAGUCGCUGAGGUCAGAGAAAACUGCUUGAGCGUCAUGAAGAGCAUUAGACUCUAUGGGUCCGAACCAAAUACGAUCAUCCCAGAAGACUUUAGAGUACCAGACAAGUCGUUUAUUGACUUCUAUUGCUCCGAUGAAAUUGCUAUAAACGAGAACAUGGACAUCCAAGACAUGGUCGCUGCUUCGAUCUUAGAAAUCGUGAAAUUGGGGAAGUGCGACUGUGACUUAGAGUGCAAAAAUAUCAUGGAUGUGUACCACAAAUCGUUCCCAUCCAACUCACUUGUUAUUGGUAUACCCAAAGACAGAAUCAUCAUCCACGGCAAGUUCUUGAGACGACGAUUCUGCGUCUUUGUUGUGAUGAAAUUGGCGUCGAUUUGUUCGGUUGAUAUGUUGAAAGAGGUUCUCCCAUUUGCUUUAAAAGAGCUCACCGCGGACGAAGAACCAAUUCCAGAGUUGGUUGAAGAACAUGGAGAAGCUAUUUUUAAAAAUAGAACUAAAGAAGAGGCGGAAACCAUAUUUACUAUUAUCUCUGAAACUAAAAACGAGAAGAGAAAGAAGACGGAGAGAGAAUCAGAAAUGAUUGGCCUCUUCUUUGGGAUCAUUGCUAAGUUUUUAGAUAGAGACAACCCUCGGUUCACAGAGACUAUUACACAACUGAGGGAGAUGGCGAUGACUUCGAAGAAGAACGUCCAAAUUGCCGUGUCGAACUGUUUUGCACAGAUUGGAGAAAUACCAAAUUUACAGGGACUUAUUGAUAAAAUCUAUGCACAAGGGCUUAGACAGAAGACGACUAAUGGGAAGUAUGGCGCGUCAUAUGUACUUGCUGGUAUUUGUAAAGGACAAGGCCUGAAAAUGUAUUACAAGACACACUUCUACGAGAGGUGCAUUAAAAAGCCAUUAGAAACAUUCGACACAGACAAUAAAGGACGGCGAAAUACACAAGGCGACAAAGUUAACAUCAACAUCACUGCAUUGAUCACACUUGAAUGUCUUUGCGAGAUGGUUGGCGACAUCUUUGAGCCAUACGUCAUCGACAUCUUCAAUAUUGUCAGACCAAUCGUUUCCGAACAAAAUGAAAGCAUGAGACAAGCUGCAGUUGUGACAAUUCGAGCAAUGAGUGGAGCAUUGACCCAUCAUGGUAUUGGAAUGGUGUGCCCCCAUUUAGUCGAAGGACUGAAAGCAAACGACUGGAGAGAAAAGCAGAUGGCCUGCAUAUUAAUAGGAGAAAUGGCGAAACAAACGACUCAUCAACUCAAUCGAUUCUUACCAGAGAUCAUCACUCCUAUGGUCUUGUUGGUCAUCGACGCAGACUAUAACGUCAAAACGUCUGCAUAUAAUGCACUGAACUCACUUGCUUCUGUUGUGAAGAACCCUGAAAUUGGAACACUCGUCCCACUCAUUCUGGAAGCAUUGGAAAACCCACCAGCAAACACAGAAGCGUUCUAUGAUAGAUAUGAAGACAUGCAAUUCACACACUUGAUCGACUCCAGUUCACUUGCGUUGAUCCACUACAUUCUCGUGAGAGGGCUGAGCGACCCCAAACAGAAGACUCGAGCGAGAUCGGGCGUGUUGAUUGGUUCCCUCACUACUCUGUGUGAGGUCGAAGACUUCUUGCCAUACCUCGACAUGUUCAUGAAAGAGUUGAAGAAGAACGUCACCGACAACGACCCAGAAGUAAGAACAUCCGCGUGUAGUGCGAUUGGGAAAUUAAUCAACUUUGUUGGGGAGAGUGGAUUCAAUGGGCUUAAGCAAUGGUUCAUGGAGACGAUGCAAUCCACAAAGAGUACCGUACACCGCCUGGGAGGGUCACAAGGCCUUGCUGAGUAUUAUAAAGCAGUUGGCCAAGAACACUUACAACAAGACUUUGAACAAAUCACAGACAUGAAGAACCCUGCACCAACAUCACGACAAAGUGUGAUGUAUUUGUUGUAUUACUUCUGCUUCUCACUUAAGGACAAAUUCAGUGAUUUCAUUGGGAAUGGGAUUUAUCUUAUUGUGAAAGGGUUGAGUGAUACGAGUGAGUUAGUCCGUGACGCUUCGAUGCAAGCGGGAAGUAUCUUGUUGAGGCAAUUUGGGAAGACACACUUGAAGAAGUUAUUAGGCGUUCUUGAUGAUGCGAUGUAUAGUGAGGCGCCCAAGGUCCAAGACUGCGCAAUCAGUUUAGUUGGCGAACUUUUGGAGGGUAUGCUUGGGGCUAACGACAGUAACAUAGAACCGUACUUGUUACUGAAGAAAAAAUUAGGGCUUGAAAAGAUCGGAGAGUGUCUUGCGAACUUGUAUGUGGUAAGAUUUGAUGAGGAUCAUGCUAUCUGUCAAAAGGCGACGCUUGUCUGGAAGAAAGUCGUAGUGAAUUCUGCGAGAGCAGUUAGUGAUUUGAUACCCUACAUUAUGCAGAUUGCUUUGAAGAAGUUGUGUUCUGAGGAAAUUGAUCGAAAGAGAGCAGCUCGAUGCAUUGGAGAGUUAGUUGAUUUGUUUGAGAAUAGAAUAGUCCAUGAGCUGUUAACGACAUUACGCUCACAAUUGGUGAGUUCGAAUGAAAUGGACCGAAUUGGCGCGUGCAAUGGAUUUGUCCAAGUCAUUAAGAAGAGUCAGUUGACCACGUUUGACUCAUUUUUGGAAGUCCUUCCAAACUUGGUUGAUAUCAUGUGUGACCCAGUGGAUGCCAUUCGUGAUGAAUCAAAUGAAUUGUUCAAGGCUAUAUUACACAAAUACGACAGAGUUGCACUUGAAAAGAUAUUGGACAUCUUGUUGGGAUUCAUUAACACACCAGAAGACAUGCAAAAGGGUAUUAGAGGGUUCCAGAUGAUCAUUAAUAAGAACCACAACAACGAAUUGAUCUUUGAGACUUUGACACCAAAGGUGGUUCAAGCUCCUAUUACUGUAGCAAACUGCAAAACAAUUGCUUUGCUAUGUCAGUCGUCACAGGCGUUCUUCUUGAACAACUUUGCACUCAUCAUUCAGCGUGGAUUCAACUCCUUAGUUAUUAAGAGUACCGACAAAGAAUAUUGCGACAAGAUUAGAAGAAUGAUGAUCGACAUCUCCUUGGAAUACCCAACAAAAGAAAAGAUGUUCACCGUCCUUGGAGAUUACACGUCACCAUACCAACGCCCCGUCAUCAAGAUAGAAGCCCUCAAGAUCUUGACGUCUUACUUCAAAGCCCAAAAAUCGCAGACGUCGAGUGGUGUAGAUGUCAUCAUCUCCUUCAUCUUCGGGUUGAUUAGAGCAGAGAAGGACAAAGGAGUUAUCCCAUAUGCCUGGGAAUGCUUUGAGUCGAUGCACGCCACUUUGACGAACGAGAAGUAUUACAUCUAUAUCAACUCCCUUGCUCCACUCUUACAAGAAAUUUGUGAACACCCCGAGAGCGGCAUAUUUGUCAUCCCCGACGAUAUUGGCCCAUUAGUCCGGAUCGAGACAGACACCCUGAAGAAUGCACUCACGGAGACCAAAGAACAAGCAAUCAAAUCGUUAGCCAUUUUACUUAAGAAGUAUGAGAAGGAUGAUAAAUUCACUGUAUACAGAGACUAUAUCAUUGGGCCUUUGAUUAACACCAUUUCAAAGCAAUGUGAGGCUCCUCAUAAGAUCAAGUUGCUCAAUUUGUUGCAGACGUUGUUUGAGACGGCGCAUCACAGAGGGAAGGUGAAAUCGUUUGUGUUGCCAAUAACAAUCACGUUGAACAAGAUAAUGUCAGACGGCGAUGCGGAGGUGAGUGCCGUUGCAAUUCAAAUGUACAAAUACCUCUUAGACUACGACUUAAAGAUCGACACUUUAUUGAAAGAAAUUCAAAAGGGGUUAAGCACUUCUGGCACCAACUCCUCGAAAAUAGAAAUCUAUUUGAACCUCCUUAUUAUGUGCGUCGAAACUAUUCAAGUCGAGAAGUGGGAAGAGUUACGUGCCGCUUUCAUUAAGACCAAAAAAGCUGGGGAAUGGCCCAUCGAAGCAUUGUACAUCAACGUCUUUAAACAGUGCCUUCAGCUUGUUCCUCUCGCUCAAGACUAUUAUCAGCUCUUAGUCAAAGCUCUUGGAACACUUUUGAAGUUCAUCCCUGACAACGAAGCUCAGUUCAAGUCACUCUUGAAAAUGGAAGGUUUCGUCUUCGAGACUAACGACCAGUUGUUGUCUCUCAAAAAGCAGCUUUGCAUGGCUUUUGUAGCCGUUUGCCCAACUAUGGCGGACUUGAUCAAAGAAGCUACUAAAACUAAUUAA